AACCAGGCGCUGCUUGUGAAUGUUACCAAAGCAGUGGGUGCCUGUGCAACAAAUAAGGAUAACAUGGUAAUCAUUGACCAGCUUGAUGGAAUCCGUCUGGUGUGGUCGCUGCUAAAAACCCCCAGUGCAGAUGUUCAGUCUAGUGCUGCUUGGGCUCUUUGUGCAUGCAUUGAAAAUGCAGAGGAUGCAGGAGAAACUGCACGCUCGCUCAUCGGUGGAUUCCAACUGAUUGUUAAAUUGCUGAGCUCAACAAACAAUGAGGUGCUGGCAAGUAUUUGUGCUGCCAUCUGCAAAAUAGCCAAAGAUGAGGAGAAUCUGGCAAUCCUCACUGAUUUCGGGGUUGUCCCAUCGCUGGCCAAGCUGACUAACACAACUCAUGACAGGCUCCGUCACCAUCUUGCUGAUGCCAUCGCACAGUGCUGCAUGUGGGGCAGCAAUAGGGCAUCAUUUGGUGAGGCUGGAGCUGUGGCACCACUUGUGCGUAACCUUAAGUCGAAAGAAGGCUCGGUACAGCGGAGCACAGCCAUGGCCCUGUAUCAGCUGUCAAGGAAUCCCAACAACUGUAUUACCAUGCAUGAAAAAGAAGUAGUUCAGCCACUGAUCCACAUGAUGGGAUCCGAUGAUGAGGAGCUUCAAGAAGCUGCUGCCGGCUGUGUGCGCAGCAUCCGACUACUGUACAUGGCUAACAGGAAUGCUGAGUUAUUCACUUUUAGAAACUGAUCACAGCAACACCGCUGGAUAUGUAAGAGGGACUAUACAAAAAUGAUCAGCGCAGUUAUGUAAUGUGUUACUUUAAAGAACUGUGUUUUUCCAGGCUUAUCAAAUUUCGUUUGGACCAUUUAAUUGUUAGAAA